GCCCCCCGCGCUGCAGUCUCGCGCCUCCCGCUCUCCCGCGCGCGCAGCGCCCCCCCCUCCUCCUCCUCCUCCUCCUCCCCCUUCCCCCCCCUCCCUUUGCCCCCCCCCUCCCCCCCCCCCAUCUUUUAUCUUUUCCCUUCCUCAGGUCCCGGUUCCGGGUCCCGGCCCCCGGUCCGGGCCCCGCCGACACGGACCCGGAGCGGCUCCAUCGUUACAGCGAGCCCCGAUUACGGGAAAUUGGGGUCCUGGUGCUGCCUUUUCAGUGGAAGAGUCUAAACGAGCCCAUUUGGAACGCUCGGAGGGACGUUCCGAAGCCAAAAUGCGCCCCAUGCGGAUCUUCGUCAACGACGACCGCCACGUGAUGGCCAAGCACUCGGCCGUGUACCCGACGCAGGAGGAGCUGGAGGCCGUGCAGAACAUGGUGUCCCACACGGAGCGGGCGCUCAAAGCCGUCUCCGACUGGAUCGACGAGCAGGAAAAAGUGAGCGGGGAGCAGCCCGAGCCGGAGUCCAUGGAGACGGCGGCCGAGGAGGAGAACAAGGAAGGGGGGGACCAGAAAGCCACGGAGCAGCUGACCAGGACCCUGCGGGGAGUGAUGCGCGUCGGGCUGGUGGCCAAAGGCCUCUUGCUGAAAGGGGACUUGGAUCUGGAGCUAGUUCUGCUCUGCAAAGAUAAACCCACCACGGAUCUCCUGGAGAAAGUAGCCGAGAACCUCGGAGUCCAGCUUGCUGCUAUUACUGAAGACAAGUACGAGAUAAUCCAGUCUGUCGGCGACGCCGCCAUCGUCAUCAAGAACACGAAGGAGCCGCCGCUGACCCUGACCAUCCACCUGACGUCGCCGGUGGUCAGGGAGGAGCUGGAGAAGCAGCUCGCCGGAGAAACGCUAUCAGUCACCGACUCCCCGGACGUUCUGGACAGGCAGAAAUGCCUUGCUGCCUUGGCGUCACUGCGGCACGCCAAGUGGUUCCAGGCCAGGGCGAACGGGCUCAAGUCGUGUGUCAUCGUGAUCCGAGUGCUGCGAGACCUGUGCACGCGGGUUCCUACCUGGGCUCCGCUCAGGGGCUGGCCUCUGGAGCUGCUGUGUGAGAAAUCCAUCGGCACCGCCAACAGGCCGAUGGGAGCCGGCGAGGCCCUGCGGAGGGUUCUGGAAUGCCUCGCCUCGGGAAUCGUCAUGCCAGAUGGUUCUGGUAUUUAUGAUCCUUGUGAAAAAGAAGCCACUGAUGCUAUUGGGCAUCUAGACAGACAACAAAGGGAAGAUAUCACACAGAGUGCUCAGCACGCUCUGAGGCUUGCUGCUUUUGGCCAACUGCACAAAGUCUUGGGGAUGGACCCUCUCCCUUCCAAAAUGCCCAAGAAACCAAAGAACGAGAACCCCAUUGACUACACUGUCCAGAUUCCUCCCAGCACCACGUACGCUGUGACCCCGCUGAAGCGCCCCAUGGAGGAGGAUGGAGAGGAGAAAUCUCCCAGCAAAAAGAAAAAGAAGAUUCAGAAAAAAGGUAUUGAGCUAACGAGAGAGGAGAAACUGGAACCUCCGCAGGCCAUGAACGCGCUGAUGAAACUGAACCAGCUCAAACCCGGCCUCCAGUACAAGCUGGUCUCUCAGACCGGCCCCGUUCAUGCUCCAAUCUUUACAAUGUCCGUGGAAAUCGAUGGCAGCACGUUUGAGGCAUCGGGCCCUUCCAAAAAGACAGCCAAGCUGCACGUGGCCGUGAAGGUAUUGCAAGACAUGGGGCUGCCCACCGGCGUGGAGGGCAAAGAGGCCGGGAAGGGAGAUGAAUCAGCUGAAGAGAGCGAACAGAAACCAGUGGUGGUUGCUCCUCCUCCCGUUGUGGAAACAGUCUCGACGCCCGCGGCCGCGUCUCCUCCUUCCGAUCAGACCCCGGAGAAUGUGAAGCAGCAGGGACCAAUCCUGACCAAGCACGGCAAGAACCCGGUGAUGGAGCUCAACGAGAAGCGGCGCGGGCUGAAGUACGAGCUCAUCUCAGAAACGGGUGGCAGCCACGACAAGCGCUUCGUCAUGGAGGUGGAGGUGGACGGGCAGAAGUUCCAAGGAGCCGGUUCCAAUAAGAAGGUGGCGAAAGCCUACGCCGCGCUGGCCGCCCUGGAGAAGUUGUUCCCCGAUGCUCCCGUGGCCAUCGAGCAGAACAAGAAGAAAAGAGCCCCCGUGCCCACGAGAGGGGGGCCCAAGUUCGCCGUGAAGCAGCACAACCCCGGGUUCGGAAUGGGAGGCCCCAUGCACAACGAGGUGCCGCCGCCACCCAACAUGCGCGGCCGCGGGCGAGGCGGCAACAUCCGCGGCCGGGGGAGAGGCCGGGGGGGCUUCGGUGGCAACCACGGCGGGUACAUGAACGCAGGGGCCGGCUACGGGAGCUACGGCUACGGAGGAGGCAACUCGGCCACCGCCGGCUACAGCCAGUUCUACAGCAACGGCGGCCACUCCAACUCGGGGAGCGGCGGCGGCGGCGGCUCCUCCUCCGGGUACGGCUCCUACUACCAGGGAGGCGACAACUACAACUCGCCGGUGCCGCCGAAGCACGGCGGGAAGAAGCAGCAGCACGGGGGGCAGCAGAAACCCUCCUACGGCUCCGGGUACCAGUCCCACCAGGGCCAGCAGCAGCAAUCCUACAACCAGAACCAAUAUGGCAACUACGGCCCGCCGCAGGGCAAGCAGAAGGGCUACAACCACGGGCAAGGCAACUACUCGUCCUACUCCAACUCCUACAACUCGCCCGGCGGCGGAGGCUCCGAUUAUAACUACGAGAGCAAAUUCAGUUACGGCAACAGCGGCCGCGGGGGGAACAACUACUCGGGCGGCGCUUCCUACAACACGGGCUCGCACGGCGGCUACGGGGGGGGCUCGGGGGGCGGAGGCUCCUCGUACCAAGGUAAGCAAGGCGGAUAUUCCUCACAAUCCAACUACAACUCCCCCGGCUCAGGCCAAAAUUACAGCGGCCCCCCCAGCUCCUACCAGGCCUCCCAAGGCGGCUACGGCAGGAACGACCACAGCAUGAGUUACCAGUACAGAUAGAGCCGUGGGGCCGCGCCGGGCUCCGCUUCCUCCCGCCCUCCCGAAGAGUCGUUUUCUCACCUCCCGGAAAGAGGGAAAAGCCCCUUUUUGCCCCCGUUUCAUGUUGCAGUGCUCCUUGUGCUCCCGCCACCGAGGGUCCGGUACCUGGGAUUCCGUUCUUAGCUGUCCUCCGGGCCUCGCUGUAUUGAAUGGGUUGUUAGUUGCCAUUUACCAUUUUGUCUCAAUAGGGAUUAUUAUUAUUAUUAUUAUUAAUUAUUAUUAUUAUUGGGGGUUGGUUUUUUUUUGGGGGGGGGGGGGGGGGUUUAUUUUUUGUUGUCCUUGAGUUCAUCCAAGCCCAGUAUCCCUUUUAUCCCAUUGGAAAAGGUGGCCCCGGCUCUGAGCACACGAGGGAUGUGUCACCGUCACCCGCCGGCGCUUCUGUGCAGUGAGUUCCAGCAGCUUCUUCUGUAUUUUAAGGCUUUAGUGUUUCAGUUUUAUAAGUGAAGGUUUUCUUGGGGGGGUGGGGGGGGGGGGAACCAGGGGGAAGGAAGUGGGGAGGGGAGGGGGGGUCCAUCUGCCCGCAUCCCGCGGGAAGCACGCCUGGAGUAAGCUGAAUGUAGAUGAAUAAACACCCACAACCCGA